AUGUCCGCGGGAUCAUCCAGAAUAUUGGCUAAAAAAGUGCCUCAGCGGGUUGUCGAUGUAGCAGAAGAAGUACAGGAUUGGGAGAAUCAUAUUAUUCUUAGGUUUCCUGACAGUGUCGUUCCAAAAGUCAAGAAAAUGAUUGAUGAAUCUGGCGACAAUGAUCUUGCUAUUGGGUUCCAGCCAGAUAUGCGAAAUGCAACCAUACAAUUUCAGCAACAAAUCAUGUCUGCAAAGUUGUUUGAUCUGCCUUGCGUUGUUGAGGUGAUGAAAACCAUCGAUAAAAAAAAUGUUUAUAAGGUUGCGGACGCAUCUCAGAUUAUGAUCUGUUCGUAUGACUUACAGCCUAUUACAGAAACAUCGCCUCAAAACGAUAUAUCAAAAUCGAAACGCGAUAGAAUGUGGCAAUGGCCUCAUGGACUCACUCCCCCAAUGAAAAGUGUAAGGAAACGACGUUUCCGGAAAACGAAAAAGAAAAAAUAUAUGGACGCACCUGAGGUUGAACGUGAACUCAAACGUCUCCUAAGGGCAGAUAUCGAAGCCACUUCAAGUAGAUGGGAAAUUAUUACCCCUGAAGAAGAUACUAAAAAAAUGGAAACUCCUUCAGUUUCUGUGGAAGCUCUUGUUCUUGGAGAAAUUAGCAACUCAGACGACGAAGCAUCGCCAAAGGAGGUUACACCUGUUGCUGUUCUAGAACAUGUUUCUAAAGAUAGCUAG